UCGCAGAUUAUCGUUAUACAUUAUUGUCAUUUGGCAAUGCCUGACGAUAGCCGUUGGCGUUCUCCACCUCCUCCCGAACCUACGUCUGGCCAGACCUGAGACGAAAUACUUUACUUCACGAGCUUACUCGACAGUAACCGGCCGUUGGUAUUUCUUGGUGUCAUCUUUCAUUCUUAACUUCAAAUUCUCCUAUAUUCUCAUAAUAAUGGAAUCUGACAAAGCAGCAAUUGUUGAAAACUCUGAGGAGGAUAUUGAAGAAGUUGAAGAGGAAGAGGAAGGAUCUGAUAAAUUGAGCAAAGAGAAAUUACAAGCGGCUGUUCUUCAGAACCCUAGGGUGAUGGCUGCAUUGCAGGCUCGUCUUGACAGCAUGGUUGGGGACCCAUCUGGAUACAUCAAGAGCUUACCUGCUGCUGUCCAAAGGCGCAUCAAGGCACUCAAGAAUCUCCAAUUAGAGACCACUAAAAUUGAAGCUGAAUUUUUCAAAGAAGUGCAUGUCCUUGAGUGCAAGUAUCAAACUAAAUAUCAAUCGUUUUUCGAAAAGCGAGCCAAAAUCACAAGUGGAGAACUUGAACCAACUGACGAAGAAUGUGUCUGGACCUUAGACGAUGACAAGGAAAGUGAAGAACUUUCUGAAGACAUGAAGAACAAGGUUACAAUUGAAGGUGAAACUAAGGAAGAAGACAUGAAAGGUGUUCCAGAGUUUUGGUUGACAAUCUUCAAGAAUGUUGAGCUCCUUGCUGACAUGGUUCAGGAUCACGAUGAGCCUAUCUUGAAACACCUGGUUGACAUUAAAGUUCGAUACAAUGAGGAUCCCAUGGGUUUCAUCCUUGAUUUUCACUUCACUCCAAAUGAGUUCUUUGAAAACACUGUGUUGACAAAGACUUAUGACAUGAAGUGUAUUCCAGAUGAAGAGGAUCCUUUCAGUUUUGAGGGACCUGAAAUCCACAAAUGCAAGGGUACUCCCAUUGAAUGGAAAAAAGGAAAGAACGUUACCGUUAAAACCAUUAAGAAGAAGCAAAAGCAUAAGUCCAAGGGCUCCGUACGCACAGUUUCCAAGACAGUUCAGAACGAUUCGUUUUUCAAUUUCUUUAGCCCACCUACUGUUUCUGACGAUGCUGAUGAGGAUGUCGAUGAAGAUACUCGUGCUCUCCUGACAGCCGACUUCGAAAUUGGACACUACAUUCGCGAGAGUAUUGUCCCCCGUGCUACUCUGUAUUUCACAGGUGAUGCCUUGAUGGAAGAUGACUUUGAUGAAGAAGAGGAGGAGGAAGAGGGAGAUGAAGAAGGUGAGGAAGGUGAAGAGGAGGAGGAAGAUCCCGAUUUCGAUCCUCGUAAACAAGCUAAAGCUGUCCGAGGACAAAAAGGACAGGCGAAUCCGGCGGAAUGUAAGCAACAGUGAGGACGAUUGGCAUCCUGAAGAGUUGGUUAUUCAUUUUUAUAACUUAUCUUCAAUGUUAACCCAAUGUGUAUUUCCUUCCCCUGAAAUUACAAAGCAGUUCCUCAUUACUGUUCUUUAAUCUAAUAAAAACCUGUCUAAUUAAAA